UCAGUGUCUGUUGAUAGACAUGUUCGAUGGACAGGUAUGUUGACCAUACCACAGGUUAAACCUGUGACUCAUGGACAUGGACCUGAAGGCAUGUCCAUGUCCUCAGACCUGCUGAAUCCAUCUCAACAAUAUGCCGUGUGUUUUCAUGUGUUUCCGCCUUCGAUCAUAGUCUCUUCAGUGAAAUAAAGUGUGAAAAAUAUGGAGGGUGGGUGGAACCACCCACUUCAAAACAACAACCCAAGUCCACUCGGCCAUCUGCUCGCACCACCACCAUCACUACCACCCUGCUCUGCAGAGGAACCAACGCCGAGCCCUAGAACAAAUCAUCCGGUGUCAAAACCAGAGUCCAACGCCUCAAUCCGUCCACAAGAAAGGGACAGUCCACGGCACCAUCCAUACAGAGGUCCACGUCAAGUCAGCACUAAGGUCCAUGAUGGCAUCCACGGUGGAACCACCAACAGAUGUUUGACAGAUUAGUCGAUGACUUUACGGUUGAAUGUUUUUGUUCGUCUGUUACAGACACUGAUUGUGUUUUUGGUCACAUGAAGAGGUGGGGCUUGGAUUUAUAUUAACUGUUGUCUACAAUAAUAAUAAAUGAGCCAACAGACAAUAUUGGAUCCAGGUCCAGGUCCAUGUCCAUAAACAGGCUGUUGGUUCAUGUACAGGAUGGACCAACGUGAACUCAGGUCUGAAUCAUAAACACAUGCGUCAGUGUUUUCCCCUCAUGUAUUUCUUCUUUUUCUUUUUCUUUUCAGUCUCGUUACUUGUUUAAGGAUCUAUGAAAACCCUUGGAGUCCACAGAACAGGGACUUUGAUGACAGGUUGACGGCAGCAGCAGUGACCCAGGCUUGACCAUGCGGCUGAUCUGGAAAUCUGUGGAUAAGAUGAGGUGUUUGAGGAAACGACACAUGUUCCAGUUCCUCGGGGUCUUCAUCACCUUCCUGCUCUUCUUCAACCUUUACAUGGACGAUGGAUAUGUUCUGGAGGCGAAGAAGCGACAGCUGGGAGAGUCUGUGAUGCAUCCGAUAAACUCUGACCGAUACGUCCACACAUUCACUGAUCUGUCCAACAUCUCCGGGACCAUUAACGUCACAUACCGGUACCUGGCAGGAUUUCCUUUGCCACGUAAAAAGUUUCUCACCAUUGGACUUUCUUCUGUCAAGAGGAAAAAGGGGAAUUAUCUUCUAGACACGAUCAAAUCCAUCUUUGAUCAGUCCAGUUAUGAGGAGCUCAAAGAGCUUGUAGUUGUGGUCCACCUGGCGGACUUUGACCUGGUCUGGUGUGAGAACCUGGUCCAGGAGAUCAUCAGGAAGUUUGCCCACCACGUCAUUGCUGGACGCCUUUUGGUGAUCCAGGCUCCAGAAGAAUACUACCCGUCUCUGGACGGCCUGAAGAGGAACUACAAUGACCCAGAGGACCGGGUCCGGUUCCGGUCGAAACAGAACGUGGACUACGCCUUCCUCCUGAACUUCUGCACCAACCUGUCUCAUUUCUACAUGAUGUUGGAGGACGACGUACGCUGCUCCAAGAACUUCCUGACAUCACUGAAGAAGGUGAUCACCUCCAGAGAGGGAUCCUACUGGGUGAUGCUGGAGUUCUCCAAGCUCGGAUACAUCGGGAAGUUGUACCAGUCCAGAGACCUGCCUCGUCUGGCUCACUUCCUGCUCAUGUUCUACCAGGAGAUGCCAUGCGAUUGGCUCCUGAUCCACUUCCGAGGUCUGCUGGCCCAGAAGGACGCAAUCCGCUUCAAGCCGUCACUGUUCCAGCACACAGGCUACUACUCCUCCUACAGAGGAGCCGAGAACAAACUCAAGGAUGACGACUUUGAGGAAGACUCCGUAGACAUUCCGGACAACCCUCCGGCAACUCUUUACACAAACAUUAAUGUCUUUGAGAACUAUGAUGCCGCCAAGGCCUACAGCAGCAUCACCGACGAAUACUUCUGGGGAAAACCUCCAUGCACCGGAGACUUCUUUGUCAUAAUUUUUCACAGAUCAACCAAAAUCAGCCGGAUUAAGAUUGUAACGGGGACGGAGGAUCGGCAGACCGAUGUCCUCCACCACGGAGCUCUGGAGGUUGGACAGAAGUUCAUGGAGACCAAACAGGGGAGACAGUGCACGUCCUACAUCACAUUAGGAGAGUUCAAAGGAGGCAGCAUUGAGGUCAACAAUGUGGACCACAAGAUUGGCUUUGAUAUCGAAUGUGUGCGAAUAGUCGUCAGUGCUGGUCAGAAGGAGUGGAUAAUCAUCAGAACCAUCAGUUUAUGGACAACACAGUACAUAACACCACUAAAAAAGUAACACCCUCGUCCAGAUCAACACGGUGAACCAUAGAGACGUUCAGGACUCAGUAACCCAGUCAAAAAGUAAAUGUUACUCUUGGACAUUUCUGCAAAACCACAGAUAUUUAUGUGUUUUCAUUGUUUUAAUAUGAUCUGUCAUUUGUUUUCCCUUUCCUUCAUAGACUGAGGGUCUGUUUUUAGGUUUAGGUGAUUCAACUGCUGUGGUGAAAGUUUGGAAAAGUUGAAAAUCCUGGUUUUGUUUAACUCAAAAAAUGAUAUGGUCUAAUAUGAGAGAAGUAAAAACACCCAAAGUGCCAUUUUAAGUGUUUUAAAUGGAAUUAAAUCAUGCAAAGGGGUGGUUUAUGGGAAUCUUUAAACCGUCCGUAUGUUUAAUGUCAUUACUGACAGUCUUCAGCAGCUCAUGGUUCUUCUACCUUCGUCAUUUGUCCAUGUUUUAAUGUUUUAUUCCUCAGUGUCCAGAUGAUGGACGGUGGAUUUACUAAACCUACACUAGUUCACAGUCUGACUCCUAUACAUUUAGACUGUAAAAGUGUUUGGUUCAGGUUAAGAAAAGAUCACGGCUUAGUCAAAAUAUCUACAAAUGCAUGAUGAAACUUUCUUCUUUUCUGUAACUGUUUGAUCUUGAGGCUUGACUCGUCAUCUUGGUCGUUAUCAUCUUGGGUUUUUGGCACCAGAAGAGUCUUACAUUUUUUUAUCUGAAUCAUAGUCUGGUUUGAUUUGACACCAGUGACCCAAACCCUUGGACCAAUAGUUUGCAGGAAUGUACCAAGACAACAUUUUACUGUGACUGAGUUGAUGCCGUUUCAACUCAAAAACAUCUAUAUUUUCUUGGGUUGUUUGUAGACCUGCUGUGAUUUCCUCCUUCCUUGUUGGAGGCUUUAUACUUGGUUUUCCUAAACAAAUGAUCCGUAUAUAAAAUAGUUCAUACUUGA